GUUUUUAGUUUUCGCCGCAGUCAGUCAGUGUUUUUAGUCUCAGCUGCUGCGCGCGUGUGUUGUGAUUGUGUGAAUUGCGUUUGUAGCAUAACUGGCUGCCACACAAAACCGAUAAAUUCCUGGCGAAGCGAGCUCUCUCGAUUGGAUUCUUGCAAAGUGAACUAGCGAUGAGCGCCGCCACUGAGCUGAACCUGCUGUUGCUGCGGUCGGUAGAGAAGCAGACGGCGCUUUAUGAUCGUACCGAUGAAAACUAUAGGAAGCGCCUGCCGAGUGAGAACGCCUGGGACAUGGUUGCCUCCGAAGUUGGGGAGUCGGUGGAAAAAUGCAAGCGACGCUGGCGUCAGCUGCGAAAUGACUAUACCCGCUGGUGCAACGCUGACGUCAACCGGCGCCGAAAUGGCCAGCGUCGAUUGGCUUAUCCGCUGGCCGAUGAGCUGCGCUUUUUGGACCGCCAUCUAAACAUAGCUGACGACAUGGCUGCCGACGACGACCGCAGCGUAUUAUCGGACAAGGACAGGGAUAACAAUAGGGACAGCGAGGGCGGAGAUCACCAUUCUCAGGCGUUAUUAAAAGAACGCGCAUCAUCGACAAGCAAGUUAGUUAAGGAGGUCAAGCUGGCAAAUCAAGUUCGUAAGGAAAAAUCCCAAGACAAGAGAGAAAAUUUCGUAAAUCACGGAGAGAAACAGCGAUCUAGGAGGAAAAGUGCUGAAGAGAAGUUGGAUGAAUUGGAGGAAUCGGACGAACCAGAGAAGGUUCCUGAACUCGAUAGUUUUCUGCAGUCUGAUAAUGAAGACGACGAGUGCAUGGACGAGGAGCACCUAGACGAUCUGGAAGGUUUCGAUUUUGACUUGGAACAAUCGAAUCAGGAAAAGGAGUUUACGCCGGAGAAGUCUUCUGAGAAGAAUAACACCGAUUCAACUGUUAGCCGGUCGGAGUUCUUUGUCAAGCAAAACAGAGAUCCUCGCUUGCUAGUCAUUGGCAGAAAGAAUUCGACGGCUUCGUUUGUUGAAUCCAAGGCUUUAAAUUCUAAUUCCGGGGAUCCUCUGGAGAACGCUAUGGAGGAUAGUGGCGAUGAAUAUGGUAAAUAUGGUGAAAAACGCGUCACAGGCAGCGACACCAUUUCUCCAUCCCGACGUCUACGUCGCAAAACCCGUGCAUCAAUAAGUUCCGCUGGGAUAAAGGAUUUACCGAUUCAAAAACCAGACCAAGAACAACGAGUGACGCGAUUGCAGCGCAGGAUAUCUAUGAGUUUAGCGGCUGUGCACAGAGUAAGGAGCUCCACAUCGCCUGUGAAAAUGACACCAGUCCCCAGAUCGCAGCCGAUCAGCAAGCCGCCAUCCGGGCAAGUCCAGAUCAGGGAAGUAAGUCAUCGGGAUGACAUCUACCCGAGACCUGAGGUGCCUGCAGUUGUGAAUAUAAAUCAAAACCAAAUCAAGACUCAACAGCAAGAGAAGCCGGUGAUAUAUCCGAAGACCGAUGCAGCGAUCGCUAACCCGCAGGGUUCUGCUCCACCACAAAGGAGAUCCGUGGGUAGGCCGCCCAAAAAGCUACCUGUGGUGCAGCGAAUAGUUUCGCCGGAAACGCAGACCAAGCCACAGUCGCCAAUAAACACCAAAGUCUUGACCGUUAGUAAGCCCACCAGCUCCGCCGCGAGUGGUAGCAGCCACAUAAGCAACAUUGCUAUCAAAAGCAACAUCGUUACUAGCAUAAGCAACAGCACCGCUACUACCAGUACCAUUGCCAAAGGUACCACUAACAACAGCAUCAAAACUACUGAAAACGUAAAUGUUAUAAGUUACAGUCCCAAUUCAUCUACCACCAGCUGCAGCAGCAAGGCUAAUAUACCCACAUCCACCACAGCUGGAACAUCCGUUCCGGUCGGCAAGGGAAUGACCCAAUUGAAAAUGGCUGAGCGAAGCACUCAAACCGGAGUUCCGAAUCCUUUCUCCGACAAUUACUUUCUCGAAAUGAUCAAGCCCCAGAUGCAGGAAAUGAAUCCCCGUCAGAAGAUGCACUUUAAGAAAAAAGUAUUUCAAGCGCUGAUGGAGACCUUUGAUGAUGCUACCGAUUUCCCAACGUCUAAAGAACUGCAGCAUUUUAAUAUAAACACUCCUUCAGGAUUUGAGCACAUUACAGAUCCAGAACUUCGAUUAGUCAGGGAGCUAGUCAGCAUGGUGAGCGCGGCUAAAGUUACCCUAAUUAGACCGCCAGGAGAAGCUACAGCUAUAGCUACAGCUUCCCGCAGUGCAAUUGUUCCUGAGGCACAGCGAGGAGCCCGACCAAAUGUGCAACGCCAAGUCAUUCAGAGGGCAUACAAGCAAGGCACUGGACAAGAGAUCGUCCCCACCAGCCCGUCGGGUGGACUAGAUAAGAGGUUGUUCAGGUUAGCGCCUAUAAGUGGUAAACCGAAUGCCAACUUGAGUGUCCCUCAGGAAAUGUUGCGCAAGGAUAGUGUUGACAGUAUCCAUAGUGCGGUCAAGGUGGCCAACAACGCCCCAACAGGCAGUCCCAAAGGAGCUGCUAUAGUGGCUGCUGUAAGGCCGCAGGGUUCAUUGAUCAACAAGUUCUUUGGACAAGGCAAUGUACCGACGACGGCCAAGGGAGCUGCCUCCGAGAAGGCUUACGCCAUUUCCAGGAGGUAUUCCGUGUGCGGUAGCAGCAAUCCACCCAAUGCCCAAAACGCUAGCCAAGGUUCCGCUAAUGGCAGCCCUAUAAACUCCAAUUCUAGCGGUAUGGAUGCGUCUAUGCUUAAGCGGCGAUUAAUAGCACCUGGGCAUGGAAUGGUGCCACCUACCCAACGCCCUCGGUAUUCUACCGUAGCUGCGAGUCAAGUGGUCACCGCAUCGCAAAGCGGCAGUUUACUAGUAAGGAAGUCCGUGGGAUGUGUUCCUGCUUAUCAAAAGCAAAUCUCGCCCACUGGCGGUGGCUCCCUGCUUCAGAAAAUCCCGCAGAUUGCCAGUGUGCAAGGAUCUGCCUUCAAUGACUUUGUCCAGCCCAAGCCCGCUGCAACGCCCUCUGUAAACGGCGAAGAAAGUUCGCCAUCCUCGGCGCUGAAGCGCAGCUUGGUGGUGGCUAAUACCAAAACCUCCUUUCAGGACCUUCUUCAGCAGCCCAGUCAGACGUUGCAGAGAAAUAAAAUUGAAUCCUCGGAGACAGCAGCCACUAUUGCUGCAGAUGAUUUUUCGCUGGAAAACCUUAAGCGAGAGCCAGUGGAUUCCGCGGAGGAUCACAAUGACAUACUCGGUAUUUAAGCCCAGGCCAAAGCAAUUGCCGAGUAUUGAUUAUAGAGUAAAGAAUUAAGACAGAUUAAUUAAAUCAUAAAUAAAACGUUGAAAAAUUGAUAAGCUAUCUAAUGCACUUAUAAUGUUACGUUAAACAUUCUUUAUAGUUUCAUAUAAUUUUAAGAAUUUCUGAUUUUUUUUGCAAAAAGUUUUUAACUUUUGCCAUUUUUGUUCAUAAUUUUUAAAACGAAAAAAACCGACAGUUUUGUUCAAAAUUUGCACAACAAAAACGAUUAAUGAGAAAUCUAAUCUUAACUUUAUUUCACAUUUUGUAGUUCUAUAUAUCGAAUAAAUAUUGCCUUUAUAAGUUAAACAAAAAGGACAACUGAAAAAA